CUUGUCCCAUGACGAAUGGCACAAGUGGUAUUUUAUCCAAAACCGUGGUCAUUUGACUUGAUCAAACAUUCUCUUUAUAUCGAAAAUCUCACCGUUUACGCCAAACGUUUAUCCGAAGCAGCAGCAGCAGCAGCAGCAAUGGCAGUGGUAGCUCGUUUCUCUUGCUUCUUCACUCACCCCAAGACCUCCUCCGCCCGAUCUCCACCCUCCGAUCAAUUCUCCCUCAAGUCCACCCUCCUCGAACCAUGGAAGUCGGCGUUUCUUCCGUUUAAGGUCGAAGCAUUUGGAGAGAAUCACAUUGAAGUGUUGGAGAUGUCGCCGGCCACAAAAUGUCAGGGAGCUACAGAAUUGAGAUUCCCAGCAAUGGAGCUUCUCCUCGGUAAUGCCUUAAUGUUCACUACACCUUUGAAUGCUUUGGCAGAAACAUGUGAGGCCGACAACUCUUUUUUCAACAUGCCUCUGCUACUAUCUGUUGCCCUUGUAGGGGCCACUGUUGGUGGGCUGGUUGCCCGGCAAAGGAAAGGGGAAUUACAACGAGUGAACGAACAGUUACGACAAAUUAAUGCUGCUCUGAGAAGACAAGCUAAGAUCGAAUCAUAUGCUCCCACUUUGAGCUAUGCACCUAGUGGAAGAAUACCAGAGAGCGAGGUUAUAAUUGAUCCAAGGAAGCAUGAGUUGAUUUCUCGAUUGAAGGCUGGGAAAAACUUUCUGAGAAACCAAGAACCACAGAAAGCAUCUACUGAGUUUAAGGCAGCUCUGGAGCUUGCUCAAAGUUUGGAGGACUCAAUUGAGGAGAAGAAGGCUGCAAGGGGUCUAGGAGCCUCACUACAAAGACAGGGCCAAUAUCGAGAUGCCAUUAAGUACCAUUCUAUGGUUUUGGCAAUCUCCGAGCGAGAAGGAGAAGACUCGGGAAACACAGAAGCUUAUGGAGCAAUUGCUGAUUGUUAUACCGAGCUUGGAGAUCUUGAGAGCGCAGGGAAGUUCUAUGACAAUUAUAUUGCAAGGUUGGAGAAAGAUUAAACCAGCCUUAUGACCAGAAGUUUGUCACAUGAAUUACCGAGUUGGUAUGGAUUAUCAUGAGAAAGGUGUGGAUGACCUGUCACCUGCACUGGCCUGCGGAUCAUUUUGUUUUUGGUUCACUGUUAGAAAUUGUUUCUUGUAGAAUGCCUCUUACCCCGUCUCGUCUUCCCAACAAGGUCAACCAUGUUAGUAUCACUUUGGUAUCUAGAGAAAGAUAGUAUUGUAUGAAUGAAGAAAUCUUCUGUUAGAUGUUGUAUUUUAAAUUUGUGAUUACCUACA